GCUUCGCCCUCAGUGGACCGAUAGCUGUUGUUGCCUACUCUCAGACUGAGUCAUCUGUCUUACAGGAGAAAUCGUACCCUCGUACAGUGACUGUAUUUACAGAAUGGAUUCAAUCAUUUCUGUAAUUGGAACCUAUGUUUCCUGGGAUCUCAAGAGUCUGCUGCUCUUCACUGCAGUUUUCAUCAUCACUGCAGACUAUAUUAAGAAUCGUCGGCCAGCAGGCUAUCCUCCAGGACCCCGGGGUCUACCAAUUAUGGGCAACCUAUUCACUAUAGAUCAGAACAGGGCCCAUGAGAGUAUGACACAGUUAGCAGAGACAUAUGGAAAUGUGUACAGUCUCCGGAUGGGACAGGAAUGGAUGGUGGUUUUAAACGGGUUUGAUAUUCUGAAAGAAGCUCUAGUGACGCAGGGAGACAGCCUGGCGGACCGCCCGGACCUUCCUUUACAGAUUGAUAGAGCACACAGACUAGGUGUCAUUACCAGUAGUGGAAACCUCUGGAAGCAGCAGAGACGCUUUGCACUUUCAACCCUUAGACAGUUUGGAUUUGGCAAGAAGUCACUUGAAUCUGUCAUCCUGGAUGAAUUUACAUAUUGUGCAAAAAACAUCAGAAGCUAUAAAGGUAAGCCAUUCAAUCCACACCUCAUCCUUAACAAUGCUGUCUCCAACAUCAUCUGCUCCCUGGUGUUCGGCCAUCGCUUUGAGUACGAUGAAGAGAAGUUCAUUAAAAUGAUGCAACUGUUUGAUAAAGGAUUCCAGAUUGAAGGCUCCAUUUGGGGACAGCUCUACAAUGCAUUUCCUGUACUGAUGAGAUGUUUACCAGGUCCGCAUCAGAGUAUCGGGCAGAUCUGGAAUGAAGUGAAGGAUUUCAUAUGGGUAGAACUAAAUGAGCACAAGAAAACCUGGGAUCCCUCAGAAAAGCAUGACUACAUUGAUUGUUACCUCAGUGAGAUUCAAAUGAAUAAGGGGCAGGACAACAGCACUUUUGAUGAGGAAAAUCUGGUUAUUUGUGUUUUGGAUCUUUUCGCGGCUGGAUCUGAAACCACAUCCACCACCCUGCGCUGGGCUUUCCUCUACAUGGCAAAAUAUCCUGAGAUUCAGGAAAAGGUACAGGCUGAGAUAGACAGAGAGAUUGGAGAGUCCAGACAGCCAUCAAUGGAGGACCGUGCAAACCUGCCUUACACUGAUGCUGUCAUCCAUGAGAUCCAGAGGAUUUCAAACAUAGCUCCUCUUAGCGUGCCGCAUGUCACCAACAGAGACGUCGAGCUGGGGGGAUACGCAGUCCCAAAGGGAGUUAUAGUAAUUGCCAAUUUGACAUCUGUGCUGUUCGACAAGAAAGAGUGGGAGACGCCUCACACCUUCAAUCCAAAUCACUUUCUGAAUGAGGAGGGCAAGUUUGUGAAACGAGCAGCUUUUCUGCCUUUCUCUCUUGGUAAGCGGGUGUGUCUUGGAGAGAGCCUGGCCAAGAUGGAGCUUUUCCUCUUCUUCACCUCCUUCAUGCAGCACUUCACAUUCUCCAUGCCUGCCGGGGUGAAGCCUGAUAUGGACUACCGCUUUGGGCUCACUCUGACACCGAAGAAUUAUGAAAUCUGCAUAACCCCACGUCAUUAGAAACUGCCAGCACUUGCGAUCUUAUUACCAGUUCAGGGUUUAGAGAACAUGACAAGUUUAAUAGUUGAUCGCAUGUUUGAUCUGAAUUUCACAACACACCAGCGAAAUUUCUCUUACCUCUUUAAUAAUAAGUGCAUUAUUUCCUUUAGUUAUUUUUGUUAGUUACAUCUGGAAGACAAAUUUAUCAAUCAAAUCAACCACUCCAAAAGUCAGAGACAGUACGACACCAACUGUCUGCCAUCUAUAAUCCAGUUUGGAGAUCGCCUCCCAGACGCCUUAACGCCCACUCAUAUUCUGGGGCAUUUGACCUCAGGAAAUCACACGAUAGGGUGGGGCUAGGUUUCAUGAUGAGCUCACCCAAAACCUUGCCUGAUUGUGACCCACACCCGUUUUCGCACCUUGGCUCGUGUGAUUAGGUAGAGGAUCAUUAGGGGGUCCAUUGUCCCUCUCGGUGGGUUACUCCCACAGGGCUUAAAUCUGGGACUCUCCACCAUUCAGUAGAACUGAAGAAGCUUCUCAGAUGAGAGGUGAAACGUCUUCAAGCAACUUAACGAAGACUACGAUGACCUGGAUGACUGAGAACCUUCCCAGACAUAUCUUUCAUGAAUGCUUUUAGAAGGACUUGACAGUUUGCAGCAGCAGUUACAGAAAUCCUGUCAAUUUUAUUACUCAUCAAAUCUGUAAAAGUGUUGUAUGUUUCUAAGAAUUGCCUGCAUGAUCUGAAGUUACCUUCUGUGUAUUUUCCGUUUUUCUCGCCUUUUUGCCCCCCAGUUUGUUGUCUAUGUAAUAGUACUUUUGAGAUCACCAGUUCAUGUCUCACCAUCGAGCUCUAUAGCUUCUUUGUUUUUGGUCCAUUUUUUAAGUCAAUCCGUUUUUCUGUUUCCUUUCGCUGGACUUACAUAUAUGUUAUGCAGCUUUAAUGGCCUAAAAGCAAAACCAGGAAACACAAAGUACACAAGAUUAAAAACUAAACUACACACGAGGAAGCACACACACAUGCAAAAGCAAACACAAUAGACUCCAACAACUAAACACUAGAAAAAAGGGCAGGUUUAACAGGCAUACUGACACAGAGAAGGCAGGACUAUAAAAGAGGGCAUAAAACUAAUGGAAGCCAUGAAAGAAAGAAAAAAAUCAAAACGGGAAAUACCACAAUAGAUGACUGAGGGAAAUGCCUCAUAGCAAGAAGGCACUGAGUUCAAAUCCAGCAUCUGAGUUUGCAUGUUCUCACAGAUUUUACGUAGGUUCUGUUCGGGGCAUCCCGCUUCCUCCCACAAUUCAAAGACAUGCAAUUAGUUGGGUUACUUUAUCAGCUCACUUUCAAGACUCUGUCAAACAGUCUUUAUGUGUGUAUUACUACUGUCUGGACCAGGCAGAGGUGUUUGGACUUGGGAGACAUGAGAA